UGACCGGGCCCGCCCCUCAAGGGGACCUCCCGUCUCCCCAGGGCAGAGCGACGGGCCCCCUCGGCUCUUUCUGCUUCGAGGCCUUUGCAGCGCCCGCUCUCGCUGCAGUUUCCCCUUUGGCUCUGCAAAGGGCCGAGCCCCCUCACCCUGCAGGGCUGUUGAAAUGCUUUCUGUGCAGAGGGUCUCUCGCUGGCCGCCAGGCCCCCUCCUCGCCGGUUCCUCUCCCCCGCCUGCCUUCCUUCCCGGCACCUAAUCACGAGGCCUCACCACCCUCAUGUGCUUGCUGACUUGGGUAUUUUCCAUACCCCCACGAGCUCGAGCCCGCAAAAGCACCACACACAGUUUCCUUUUUGGAGCACUGGCUGAAUUGCUGGACAAUGCAAGAGACGCGGGGGCUGCCAGACUUGACGUGUUUUCAGUGGAUAAUGAAAAACUGCAGGGUGGAUUCAUGUUGUGCUUCUUGGAUGAUGGAUGUGGCAUGAGCCCUGCGGAGGCAUCAGAUAUCAUUUACUUUGGAACAUCCAAGAAACGGAUAUCAACCUUGAAGUUUAUUGGGCAAUAUGGCAAUGGUCUUAAAAGCGGAUCCAUGAGGAUUGGAAAAGACUUUAUUCUUUUCACAAAGAAGGAAGAAACGAUGACCUGUGUGUUUUUUUCUCAGACAUUCUGUGAAGGAGAAGGUCUGAGUGAGGUCGUGGUUCCAAUGCCUUCAUGGUUAACAAGAACCAGAGAAUCUGUUACAGAUGAUCCUCAGAAAUUCUCAACUGAAUUGUCUAUAAUUUAUAAGUACUCUCCCUAUAAAACGGAAGCUGAAUUAAUGCGGCAAUUUGAUACAAUCUAUGGGAAAUGUGGUACUUUGCUGGUUAUUUAUAACUUGAAGCUUCUGCUUAAUGGAGAACCAGAGUUGGAUGUUAAAACUGACAAGGAAGAUAUACUGAUAGCCGGAGCUCUUGAGGAUUUCCCAGAGAGAUGGUCAUUCAGAGCCUACACGUCUGUUCUGUAUUUUGAUCCUUGGAUGAGAAUAUUUAUUCAGGCCAAAAAAGUUAAAACAAAACACUUAUGUCAUUGCCUCUAUAGACCCAGAAAAUAUCUGUAUGUCACAUCUUCUUUUAAAGGAGCAUUUAAAAAUGAAGUUAAAAAGGCAGAAGAAGCAGUAAAGAUUGCGGAACUCUUAUUGCAAGAUGUGCAAACCAAAGUCAACCAGCCUGACAGAGCUUCCUUGUCUUCUCCCCCCGAGGACGCAUUACAGAAAGCUUUGGAAGAUGUAGAAGCAAAGCAUAAGAUUCUUAAAGAGAAACGGAGAGAAUUAAAAACAGCAAGGACACUCUCCCUGUUCUUUGGAGUGAACAUAGAAAACCAAGGCCAAGCUGGGAUGUUCAUUUACAGUAAUAACCGAUUGGUCAAGAUGCGUGAGAAAGUGGGCCCACAGUUGAAACUGAAGUCCUUACUUGGUGCAGGCGUGGUUGGAAUUGUUAAUAUACCCUUGGAGAUCAUGGAACCAUCUCAUAAUAAGCAGGAAUUUCUCAAUGUCCAAGAAUAUAAUCAUCUACUAAGAGUCAUGGGACAGUUCUUGGUCCAGUACUGUAAGGACACCGGGAUCAGUAAUAGAAACCUAACAUUGUUUUGGAAUGAAUUUGGAUACCAGAAUAACAGGGACAUGGAGAGGUCUUUAGAGUCUGUUCAGUAUCAAAGGAGACAAGCCAUGGCCAUCCCGUUCAUCAUUCAAUGUGAUCUUUGUCUUAAAUGGAGAGUCUUGCCUCCCUCUACUGAUUAUCAGGAAAAAGAACUUUUGGACAUCUGGAUUUGUGCCAACAAUCCUAACCUCUUGGAAAACAGUUGUCAUAAGGCGGAACGCUUGCCUCCCAUCCCCCUGGGCACCAUGAGCACAGUAUCACCGUCAAAAAAUGAGAAAGAUAAACGACUUCAGGAGUCAGUGCAAAGGUAUCAGAAUCAACUGGCAGAACAGCAGCUGCAGCCUCAGUUUAUACCAACAAGCAAGAUCCCCGAGCUCACUACCAUUUGCCGAAUUUCAGCAUCUAAGGAAAAGACAAAAACUCGGAAAAUCAGGCCUUCAGAUAAUGAGUUGAAGCGUGAGUCUCUUGCAUCCUUUGAGCUCUCGGUCAGCCACAGAAGCUGGAAGAGAAACACAGAAGGGAGGGACUCUGAUGUGGAGUUCGUCUCAGAGACUAAAGUGAUGAAGUCUACAAGGAAGAAGGUGGAACCACAGCAGCGACAUCUGGCAGCCGUGCCAGAAAGCGUCAGACUCCCUGAGACAUCCCAGAUUUUAGAUGAAAGUGCUGACAAUGUUUUACUGAAACAAGAACAAAAGGAAUAUUCUCUGAUGAAAAAAGAAAAACAGGAGCUGUGCAGUGAUAUUGCAGAACUAAAGAGAAGCUCUUCAUACAGUGUACCAGUGGAAGACUCAGAUCCAAGUUCUGGACACAAAGCCGGAGUUUCUGUGAGUGGCGGCUGUGAAGCUGCUUCUUUGCUGACAAAGUCUUCUCAAAGCACAUCUGUCAAGGAAACAGUAAGAAAACUGACGUCUAACUUAUGGGAGGUUAUUCUGUAUUUCUUUCCUGAGUACCAGCUACCAUCAGAAAUCGGCUACUCGUCCGUGGAGGAGUUCGUGGCGAGCUCGGAGCUGGAGCAAUGCCCAGAGCAGACAAACAGAAAGCUGAAAAUGUGUUUCCAACAGAUCCAGAAUGUGUACAUGGCCCAAUAUGAAAAGAAACUGAAGAGAAAAACACAGUCUAUCAUCUAUGAUGCUAACAGAAGGGGAGUGAUUAAUGAACUGUCUCUGGUGCAAUGUGAACAGAAAAGAAAAGUUACUGAGGAUAAGCUGAAUAAUCUCCGUGUAAAACUGGCAGCGUUGUUGCAGAAACUUCAGCUGGGAGGUCCAGCAGGAGACCUGGAGCAGAUUGACAGUUAUUUAGAAGCUCUGCUUAAAGAAGAUAAUCUUUUGGGGAACACUAAGUAAAGGAACUACAGAUACAAGACGUAGUCUCCCUUAAGAGAACAGUGAAAGCACUUCUCAAAACUAGAAGUCAGAGAAGACAUUCCCUUUUUUAAAAUGCCAGUGAGAAAAAGGAAGAUUAUUUUCAGAAUAAUAAUUGUGCUUGUUAUUGUGAAGUUCCUCCUGUUUAACACUGAGACAGUCGUGUGCUUUGGAAAUGGAGUGAUCUGCAAUUUACAGGUUUCCGAGUCCUGUUCCCUAACUCUUCCUGUUCUUUCAGAAACGAUUCUGUGAGCUCUGUAAUUCCCACCUGAGCAACUAAGAAAGAAAGAUGGAAAGGUCAUUUAGGCUUAAAUUUUGUUUUUACCUAAAAGACUGUAAAAACUGGAAACCAGUGGUUUUCAAAAUCAGUAUUUACAGGACGACAGAAUCACCUCCUCCUGAAACUUGGGUUGAAAAAGACACACAUUACGCCCUUUCUGCUCUACAGCCAAUACUCAGAAAGCAGGAAACACAAAUCCUCACAAAACUUUGAGCUAUAGUAGUUAGGAUAAUUUUCUUACUGAGUUAUUGCAAAGUAACAAAUCUCAGUAUAAUGUGAACACACAUUACACAUAUGUAAGAAUUGUGUUUUUACAUUUUCUUUGAUGACCUAUUUUUGUGUGUGUUUGUUUAAAAAUGUUGGUAACUUCGGACAAAAACAAUAAACGUUUAAUAUUUA